AUGACAGAAGGGAACAGUAUCUCAGAAGUUGAUCCAGCGGGUAAGGAGGAAGCCGCCGGCGAGCCCUCAGAAGAGAAGCGGCUGGAGGAGGAAAAGAAGGAGAACGGGGAGAGCAGUGUGACCGUCCCGUUGGAAGCCGCAGCUACAGGAGAGGAGGAGGAGGACGAGUUUGUGCAUCCCGAGGGCGGCUGGGGAUGGCUGGUCAUGCUGGCUGCAAUGUGGUGCAACGGCUCGGUGUUUGGGAUCCAGAACGCCUUCGGUAUACUCUUCCUCUCCCUCCUCCGAGAGUUUGGCUCCGAGCACGAUGACGACCUCCGCUUCAGGACAGCGUGGGUGGGCUCCCUCUCCAUGGGGAUGAUCUUCUUCUGCUCUCCCAUUGUCAGCGUCUUCACCGACAUCCUUGGCUGCAGAAUUACAGCAGUGGGUGGCGCUGCUGUCGGCUUGGUUGGCCUACUGGCCAGCUCCUUUGUCACGUCCCUGGGCCCCAUGUACUUCACCUAUGGCAUUGUAUUUGCCUGUGGCUGUUCUUUCGCGUACCAGCCCAGCCUGGUCAUUCUGGGCCACUACUUCAAGAAGCGCCUGGGCCUGGUCAACGGCAUUGUGACAGCCGGCAGCAGCAUUUUCACCAUCACCCUUCCAUUUAUUCUCUCGGGCCUGCUGGAUAAAGUGGGCCUCCAGAGCACGAUGCGCAUCCUCUGCAUCCUCAUAUUUGUGCUGAUGUUGGCCGGUUUCACCUACAAGCCGCUGCUGCCACUCAAAUCUUCCAACAGCCGUACAGCCAGCCGCUGCCCACCCAUGAGCCAAAUCUUCAACGUCAAUAUCUGGAAGUCUUUGGGAUAUCGUAUUUGGGCCUUUGGUAUUCCUGCAGCCCUCUAUGGCUACUUUGUGCCUUAUGUUCACCUGAUGAAGCACGUGGAGGAGCGAUUCGGAAAAGACACCAAUAAAGAAUUUCUGCUAAUGUGCAUCGGCAUCACGUCCUGUGUGGGCCGUCUCAUCUUCGGCGUGGUGGCAGACUACGUCAACGGAGUCAACAAAGUGUACCUGCAGGUGACUUCCUUCUUCAUCAUCGGCCUCAUGUCCAUGAUGAUCCCCCUGUGCAACAUCUUUGGCGGGCUGAUAGCUGUCUGCCUGUUGAUGGGGCUGUUUGACGGCUGCUUCAUCUGCAUCAUGGCUCCGAUCGCCUUUGAGCUGGUCGGGCCAAAUGAUGUCUCCCAAGCCAUAGGCUCCCUGCUGGGCCUGAUGUCCGUGCCCAUGACUGUGGGGCCACCCAUCGCAGGUUACCUGAGGGACAGACUAGGUGACUACAAUGUGGCCUUCUACCUGGCAGGCAUUCCACCAAUCUUCGGAGGAGCCCUGCUGUGUCUGAUACCGUGGGUGGAGGCCAGACGCAAGAGGAGGGAGAAGGAGGAGGCCCUGAGCAAGGACCAAGACGUGAGCAAGAGGAUGUUAGAGCACGAAAAGGCUCAGGGAGAUGCACAAUCCAAAACUGGAGAGUCCGUCCUCUAAGGGCCCCCCCAGAC